UCGGCCGCGGAGCGGAGCCCUGCCCGGCUGCACCCGACCGGUUGACCGCGCCACCCGACCUGGCGCCUCUCCCUCUCCGACACGUCGGGGCAUCGGGCUCGGCAGUCGGCACCACCAACUACCCCCCUUCCUCCCGUCUCUCUACCCUCCCCUCCCCUCCCACCCACCGAUUCGCUCGACGCCCGCCCGCCCGCGCGCGCGCGAGAUCCAGGCGCCACCGCCGCGACGAACCGCUAGGACGGCGCCGGAGAGGAGGAGGUGGGGGCCAUGGAGGCGUCUUCCUGGGACGCCCUUCGCAAGCAGGCGAGGAGGUUGGAAGCUCAGUUAGAUGACCAAAUGAUUGCAUAUCGUAAGUUGGUUUCUAUGAAAUCGGAUGGUUCAGAGAACGAUAUCGAGUCAGAUAUAGAAAGAUCACUGAAGCAACUACAGCAAGUAAAUUCUCAAAUGCAAACUUGGGUAUCAUCAGGAGGUUCCGAAGUUCUUUCUCAUACACUGACUCGCCAUAUGGAGAUUUUGCAAGACCUUACUCAGGAAUUCUAUCGGCUUCGAUCAAGCCUCAGAGUGAAGCAACAACAUGCCUCCCUCCUUGACUUGAGAGAUUUUGACAGAGCAAAGUUUGAUGCUGAAGAGGCAUCAGACUCAGCUGAUCAAGCUCUUCUCCGAGAACAAGCUGCAAUUAGCAGGAGUUCUGGACAGAUGGAUAAUGUUAUAUCACAAGCCCAAGCAACACUAGGUUCCCUCAUGACUCAACGAUCAACAUUUGGUGGCAUUACUACAAAGAUAAGCAACGUUAGCAGCCGACUUCCUACGAUUAACCAUGUCCUCGCGUCCAUCAGAAGAAAGAAAUCUAUGGACACCAUCAUUCUUUCGCUCGUCGCGUCUGUGUGCGCGUUUCUUAUUUUCAUCUACUGGCUGUCAAAAUAGGUUUGUGAGAGUAAAGGCAUUACAUUGUUGUAAGUUUGGGGUCACGUACCAGUACAGAUAAUCUUGAUUGGUGUUUGUACAAUAUUGGUUGAUUCAAUGUUAUUACGAUUCGGUCUUGCUGUA